AUGUCGCCUCCCAAUCGCAACGUGGUCCAGGCGGUAGACGGAUCCGUCUACAAGCGCUUCGUCGAGAUCGGCCGCGUCGCGUAUGUCUCUUUUGGGCCUUACGCUGGCAAGCUGGUGGCCAUCGUUGAUGUCAUUGAUCAAAAUAGGGCUCUUAUUGAUGGUCCCUGCACAGGCGUGAAGAGGCAGGCCAUGCCCUUCAAGUGCAUGCAGCUCACAGACUACGUCAUCAAAGUGCCUCACAGUGCUCGUCAGAAGUUUGUGAGGAGAGCCUGGGAGAAGGCUGGUGUCAACGAGAAGUGGGCACAGAGCAGCUGGGCAAAGAAAAUCGAGGCCAGAGAAAAGAGGGCUAAAAUGUCAGACUUUGACCGCUACAAGGUGAUGAAAGCCAAGAGGAUGAGGAACAAGAUCAUCAAUCGUGAGGUGAAGAAGCUCCAGAAAGCGGCAGUGAAGAAGCCCACAGAAGAGGCUCCGAAGCCCCAGAAAGAGACGAAGAAGCCUCAGAAAGCGGCUAAGAAGCCCCAGAAAGAGCCCACGAAGAAGUGA